AUGAGUGUAAGUAAUGAAAACACUUUCAGAAAUCAGGACAUUUACGAUGAAUCAGACGUCCCGGCGGUUGGCGUAGAAGCAGAAUUCCCGGAAGGCAACGUAUAUGAACGACGAGAAUUUACCAUGGUGGAACCAACGCCUACCGCGGAGCCCCCAAUGACGUCGCUGUUCGAGUGCCUUUCUGGAGGCACAUUACACUUAGAUAAGGCCGCAAAAAUGAUGGCCUCAAAAAUGCGAGCAAAAACCUUCAACCAGGCGGCUCAUGGUGGCGAAUUAGCUCUAUCAAAGCAGCAGAAGGUGGCACGAAUGAUCGAAAUCACGGAAAAGACGACACCAUCCGGUCAAGACCGGACUCUCUCAUUGCAGAAUUGCGCUAAAAUAUGGACUCUAAACUUCCCAGCACCAUUCGCAAAGCUUAAACUGAACGAAUUGAUUACCCAGUGGGAACCCAGAAAAAGAGACAACCUACAUCAACAACUCACUUCUCUGUUUCGUUUUAUACUUUUGCGGGCUACUAACCCCCCUCAAACUAUCCAGGAGUAUGCCGUACGGGUCAACAAAACCAGCGGGAGGGACGUUCGACUACGAACGCUUCCAGAGGAAGUUGAAGAACUACUUAAAAGUAAGUUUGAUUAGCU